GCCAACUUUAGUCCUAUUUUCUUUUGAUAGUCAACACUCUGUUAAUUAGGAUAAACUACCGUUUGAAACUCCUCUGUAUACAUAACCACAAACUAAAAACCUCUGAAACUUUAAACCCUAGCUCUUCCGCCAAGGUUUAUUCUUCAACAUGGAAGUUUAGUGAAGAAUGCUGCCGGAAGAAAUGGAACAACGAAGAGAUAGAAACGGUGCUGCUCCGCAAUACGAUAGGGUAGAUGAUAAGAGCUUUUUUACUUUGAAGUUGAAGCAUGGCGGAAAAAUUAAUCCAAAAUCACAAUAUGGAUAUAUUGGUGGGUUGACAGAUUGGUGGGACUAUAUGGAUAUUGAUGAGUGGGGCUUAAUUACACUCAGGGACAGGGGCGGACCGUAGUACAGACCCAGGGGGGCGGUCGCCCCCCCAACAACAAAAAUUUUUAGUGUAUAUAUAUAAUAAAAAAUAAUUUUUGCCCUCCCAAAAAAUAUUUUGUUUAAGUUACCGCCCUCCCAAGACAAACUUCCUGGGUCCGCCCCUGCUCAGGGAAAAAGUAAAGGAGUUGGGCUAUGGUUACUCAGAGACGAAAUUAUUCACUUUAUCAAGUUGUGGGUUUGUAAGUGAACUACUUACUGAUUCUGAUGUUUGGCGUUUAAUGGAGCAUGGUGUGAGGCCUACACAGAUUGAAGUAUGGGUUGAAACGCAUGAGUCCUCAAAUGCAGAAUUUUGUCAUCCAAUUCAUGAGAACGCAGCAACUUCACAUAGCAUUGAGGAGGAGGAAAAUGAAGAUCGUCUGAGUUUUGAAUUGGAUGAUUUGUAUGACAGUGACUAUGAUAUGAAUGAAACAAUGCUGGAUGAUCUUGACUUUGACAAGUUUAUUGAUUUCGAUGUUGAAUAUGCAGGAGCUGGGUUAUUUACUCGGCGAGUACUCGGUGAGUACUCCCUACUCGGCCUAUGACCUUGCAGAGUAGCACAUUACUCGGCCCGAGUUAUUAUUCCGAGUUACUCGCCGAGUACUCGGCGAGUUAGCCAACUCGGUCAGUGGGUCAAAAAGGCGAUUUACUCGGGAGUACUCGGUAUUUAAAAAAAACAUUACCUCCGCUUGGAAAAAAAUUAAAUUGAGAUUAUCCUCUGUGUUGUU